AUUUUUUCCAUUUUUCUUAUUUGCAGGAUGAGAAAAACCAAGUUUUGACUACCAAUGUCUGGCUGCAGAUGUACUGGUAUGAUCAUUACUUGCGGUGGAACGAAUCGGAAUACCCGGGCGUGAAAACUCUGCGGUUCUCUGCUGACCGGAUUUGGACACCUGACAUCCUUUUGUACAACAGUGCCAAUGAAGAUUUUGACUCCACUUUCCACACUCACGUCUUGGUCAACUCCAGCGGCUACUGCCAGUGGCUGCCCCCAGGCAUCUUGAAAAGCACGUGUCGAAUCGACGUCCGUUGGUUCCCCUUUGACACCCAGAAGUGCGACCUCAAAUUCGGCUCCUGGACAUACGACGGCUGGCUGCUCGACCUGCGGAUGCUGGAGAUGGACACGUCUGGCUACGUGGCCAAUGGCGAGUGGGACCUUGUGGGUGUACCCGGCAGCCAGAACAAAGUUUUCUAUGAGUGCUGCCGGGAGCCCUACCUGGACGUCACCUUUGCAGUGACCAUGCGCCGGCGGACGCUCUAUUAUGCGCUCAACAUGCUGGUCCCUUGUCUGCUUCUCUCCGCUAUGACCUUCCUCAUGUUCCUCUUACCCGCCGAUUCCGGGGAGAAGAUUUCUCUGGGCAUCACUGUGCUCCUCUCGCUCACCGUCUUCAUGUUGCUUGUGGCUGAGGUCAUGCCGGCCACCUCGGACUCCAUUCCGCUCAUAGGGCAGUACUUUGCCAGUACCAUGGGCAUGGUGAGCCUCUCUGUGGUCGCCACAGUCUUUGUGCUUCGGUACCAUCACCACGACCCUGACGGUGGCUGCGUGCCAAGAUGGGUGCAAGUGGUGGUCUUGCGCUGGGGCGCCUGGCUGCUCCGCAUGCGCCAACCCGGGGAGGAGCUGGCGGGGCGGCCACGCUGCGCCCCCAGCCUGCUGAGCUGCAGUUCAGACAACAGCGAAGGCGGCAGCACGCCAACCCGGCAGGCCCUGCCACCUGUUCCCAUUGCCAAUGGCAAUCUUGCCUACUCGGGCGUCCUGCCAGUGCUGCUCCCAGCCAAGCCCCCGGAUGUGCCACGCCCUUUCCUUCCGUCACCACCGGCUUCUACCCCCGAAGAACUGCUUGCUGCUCCCGAAUUGGGCCACAUCUUGCAGGAGCUGCGCUAUGUGGCUCGGCAUUUCCGGUGCCGAGAUGCCGCUCAUGCCGCCUGCGGCCAGUGGAAGUUCGUGGCCGCCGUCGUGGACCGGCUCUGCCUUGUUACCUUUGGCCUCAUCCACAUCGUCUGCUCCAUUGGCAUCCUUAUGGCUGCGCCCAACUUCCCCGAGGCCAUCACGAAGGAUUUCCUGUGACGUUGGGCCAACAAAACGGCAGGUUUUGCCAAGGCCUAGCUUCCGGCUUUCUACUGUGCCCUCCCGCACCCCCCUCCAGCAACAGGCCGCUGCUGGAGUCUUCCUGUGAGGCCUAACAGGACAGGGAUCGCUGUGGACAAGCAGGCUUGCAUGCAGCAGCGUUGCCUGUACUUCAGACCCACCUAGGAAUGCUGUUUGCAAACUCUGCAUACUACUGUGGAUGACAACAUUGAUGCCCCACGCCCCAUGGCGAGUCUUUAACCCCCAAUGAGAAGGAUUUCAAAUUCCAACUCCAUCACUCUGUUGUUGGCUUUUUUUGUUUUGAGGAGGGCGGGGAAUUGCUUCCUGCUUGAGCCUUUGAGGAUUUCGUGGAGACCCUUCGCUCAGUUCAGUUGUGUGUCCUUGCAAGGUAUAUAUGCCUCCCCCUAUGGAUUGUAGCCAGAGAUUCAAGUCUUGCCUCGGCCUUGAGCAAGGUCACUCUCUUCCUCUUUGCCUCAGUUCUCCCAUGCUGUAAAAUGGGAACAUACUGAGCUUUAUCGUCUUGUCAUGAAGACAAAGGAUGCAAUAAAGUUUCUGGAAGUUGCUUUUGUAACUGAAGAGUACUUGUACAGAUGUAGAGAUGCUCUUGAGAAGUGCUUAUUUUCUGUGUGUGUUUAAACAUUUUGAUUCCCUGAAUCUGGGGCUGUUUUCUUUGUUUUGUACAGAUCUAACUCC